AUUGUUGAUAGUCCCUCUGCAUAAGGGUCACGCUUUAGCUCAAAUAUUUAUCUUCCACAUAAAACUCUCUCUGCUAGCUUUUACGUACUCUAGCUUGAUGGAAAUUUCUAAUGCAUUCUUGCCUUCUUCCACCUAUCCUUCAAAUUCCGCCGAAAUAAGUCAAAACAUUGGAGUUCCUCCACCUUCUAAUAACUGGAGAUUUACUGAAGAUAAAAUUUUCAUUUCCACUUAUCCAUCUAGGCACAACUUCGAUGAUCAAACCGAAGGGUUCUUCAGUUUCACAGAUAACUUUGGCACCGAAUUUGUGGAAAAGCUUAAAGAAUUCAAGAACGUGGCAAGCAGUUUAGGCGAAGACUCAUUGGAAAGUUUAAAGCUGGUGGAUGCAGUGCUGAGGUUAGGCAUUGAGUACCACUUCCAAGAAGAGAUUGAUCGUAUCAUACAAUGCCAGUACAUGAAGUUAAAAGAUGAUGGAUAUUGUGAAGAUGGCCUUUAUGAGGUUGCUCUUCGCUUUCGAUUAUUCAGACAGCAAGGUUACCAUGUCUCUGCAGAUAUAUUUAACAAGUUUAAGGGCAAGGAUGGAAAGUUUAAACCGAUCUUAAGCCAAGACAUGAAAGGGCUCAUGGAGAUGUUUGAAGCUUCACAGAUGAAUAUAGAAGAUGAAUAUAUACUUGGUGAGGCUGAAAAUUUUAGCCGCCAUCAUCUCAAUGCUUUGUUGGAACGUCUCGUUGGUGAUCAAGCGCGACGUAUCCAAAACACAUUAGAGCAUCCUUGUCAUAAAAGUUUGGCCAGGCUUACUGCUAGAAACUUCCUACACAACUUCCGUGUAACAAAGGGGUGGAUAAAGGUUGCACAAGACCUGGCAAGAAUGGAUUUCAAAAUGGUCCAAUCCAUCCACCAAAACGAAAUUGACAAGGUCUCCAUAUGGUGGAAUGAAUUAGGUCUGUCUAAGGAGUUGAAAUUCGCAAGGAACCAACCGCUGAAAUGGUACCUAUGGACGGUGGCAUGUCUAACCGAUCCACGAUUGUCAGAACAGAGGAUUGAGACCACAAAACCCAUUUCUCUAAUUUACUUGAUUGACGACAUUUUUGAUAUUCAUGGAACACUAGAUGAACUCACUCUCUUCACAGACGCAGUUAACAAAUGGAAAUUUGAGACAACAGAGCAAUUACCAAACUACUUGAAGAUAUGUUUCAAGGCCCUUGACGAUGUUACCAAUGAAAUUGCCUUCAAGGUCUACAAAAUGCAUGGUUGGAACCCUGUAGACUCCCUAAAGAAAGCGUGGGGGAAAUUAUGCAAUGCCUUUCUAGUAGAAGCACAAUGGUUUGCUUCCGGUUGCUUGCCAAAAGCAAAGGACUACUUGAAGAAUGCCGUAGUCAGUACAGGGGUUCAUGUGGUGCUUGUUCAUAUCUUUUUUCUAUUGGGUGAAGGUAUAACCAAGGAAGCUGUUGAUGCUCUGGACCAGAUUCCAGGCAUUAUAUCUUCUACAGCAACAAUCCUUCGUCUUUGGGAUGACUUGGGAAAUGCUGAGGAUGAGAAUCAAGAUGGCCAAGAUGGAUCUUACGUUGAAUGCUACAUGAAAGAAAAUCACGGUUCGUCAGUCGGAGAAGCGCGCGAGCAUGUCAUCCAGAUGAUAACAAAAACAUGGAAACAGCUCAACCACGAAUGCCUAGCUUCAAAUCCAUUUCCAGCAUCUUUGAAGAAAGCUUCUCUUAAUGCUGCUAGGAUGGUCCCUUUGAUGUACAAUUAUGAUGGUAACCAUAACCUUCCUAGCCUUGAGGAUUAUAUGAAGUCGCUACUGUCUAAAACUCACCCGUGAGAGCCACUCAGAAAAGUUUCCAGCUCUGCAUACGAACCAUGUCAUCGUAAAGCGAAUCUUUUCGUACAAUAGUAAUCGGGUUAAAGAUAACGUGCUUCACUUUUCUCAGUUGUUCAAUAACAUAAGAUAUGUUCACUGUCGUCACUUUUUUUAGUUGUUCAAUAAGCUAUGAUAAUUUGUGUUAAAUUACUUUUAAUCUUAAACGAUUAAGCUAAGAAGUGUGUUUAAUAUGUAUAUGAGUGUUAAUUAUUUUAAA